AUGGACGCCGGCGGCUGCCCGAGGAUGCGGAGCGCGCUGCUUUGCCUGGGCUUUUAUCUAUUGCAAGCUGUCUUUGGUACAACAGUGAUCCCAUUAUGUGAACCAAAUGAAAUGGAAAACUGUACAACAGCACUGAUUCAGACGGAGAAUAGCCCGCGGGUGGCUCAAGUCGGGAUAACCAAAUGCAAGCCUGAAAUGCAAGACUUCUGCUUCCAUGGGCAGUGCAUGUACCUUGUGGAUUUAGAUCAACAUUACUGUAGGUGUGAUGUAGGCUUCUCCGGGGUCCGAUGUGUGCAUUCGGAACUUGUCACACAGCACCUGAACAAAGAAUAUUUGGCACUGACCGUUAUUUUAAGCCUAUUUUUCCUCAUUUCAAUCUUGAUUGCGACAUACUACUUCUACAAAUGGUACCAAAACAAGAAGGAGAGGCAAGCCAACAACCAAGAAUACAAGGAGGUUGAUGUCCAUGAGAAGAACCCAGUGCUGCUUCCCUAG